UUCAAAUUGUACAAAUUAUGUCGGAUGUCAAAAAAUCGACAAUCUGCAGUUGGAUUCUUGAAUAUGCAUGCCAUCGAGUGUGGCAAGAGAUGAAAGAUUUAUUGACGGUAUCGUCGUCAAAGGGUUGGCUCUACGUCAUCCAAACGAGUUUCGUCGACUUUAUUGACAUAAACGCGAAGGAGAGAUGGAAGUCGCUUAUAAUAAUCUGUAAACUCUGCGACUUGCUCAACCGAGGAAGGCUGGCGUUUGAAUCAAGUGGGACCCCCGACGAGGUUUAUGCAGCUGUGGAGGCGUUGACGUCAGCGACGAGUCACUUCACAAGUUUCUGUCAAGAUUUCUAUGAGAACGUACAGGAAAGAGUAACAUCGUUAAUGGAACAAGUAGAAAUUGGUAUUGUUCUUGGAGAAAUCAGAAGUGGAGAAACAAGCAAGGCACGAGACCACAUUAGUCAGUUGCUUAGAAAUGGUCAAGGAGAAGGCAUGUUGUCUACUGUACAUCAAGAGAUUUGUGAAGGUCAUGCUAUUUCUGCAUCUGACAUCAGCAAGCUAAUGGAAGAUUAUAACUACAAACGCGUUUUGUCAGAGUUUGUUGAAAUCAUGACACCAAUUGUUGAUUGUUUUCCUCAGCCAGUACUCUCUCGUUGGGUUGACAGCUAUGUUGCCAUUGCUCAUGAGGAACCUGACGUCGACUUUGUGCCACUGUCACGUCUUUUUACUGUCUUUACUGCUUCGCAGGAUAAGCACAGAAAUUGGGAUGUAUCUGCACGUGAUCAAUGGGAUAGGGAUGUGUUAAUUCUGCCAUGUAAGAAGCGGCUUGUCGAUGAAGAAGUGGUCAAGGAAAAGCGUUUGACAAGAAAGAAAAGGAAACAUGACAGAGAAACCAAUACUGACAUUUGUGACAGUGGUGAGGAUGUAGGCACUGCCGGCGUGUCAAUGCUUGCUUCGAACUCUCCAAAACAGAGAAAGAAAUCAAGAGAAAACAAGUCUCGAUUUCAUAAUGGCAUCAACGAGAGAGAAUCUCGUAUUCCUGGCAGAACAGAUGAGCACAAGCGCAUGAGAGAGUUAGUUGAGAUGGCAGAGAGACUUCAGGAACGAGUGGUUGACCCAUUAGACGAGAAUGUAGACAGCAACGAUGAUUCAAGCAAUGAGACGAGGAAUGAGGAACCAGAGAAAACAAGGAACGAGGAACCAGAGAAAACAAGGAACUUGGAACUGAAGACAACUGUAGUUCAAGUUGCUGAUAGUCAAGGUUUGGAAUUGACAUGCAGUGGACAUAAGACGAAGGAUGGAAGUGAGUCUGGUCACAUUUCCAAACCCUUGAAGUUUCCUCGUUCAAAACGUAGGCGUAGAGAAUCUUUGGAACUACAACAGGCCAAUAGGUCAAGAAAUGCAGGAAAUGUAUCUAAAGUGAAAUGGUUGCAAUACGAGGAAGAAAAUCUGAAGAGGGGAGUUCGAGAUUGGGGAGUGGGAAACUGGGCAGCCAUUCUUGAUCAGUACGAGUUUCUCUCACAGCGUACGUCUGUGUCAUUGAAGGAUAAAUGGCGAAACUUAGUAAAAGCUGGAUACGUCAAUUUGGAUGACAGUAAUGAUGACUAGUACAGUAGCAAUAGCCUGUUUCAGUGUUGUCUGUUUUAAUCACAUAUUUGUGCACUGUAUAUUAUGUAUUAUGUAUACUAUACAAGGUGUGGCCUUUGUGCACAUGCAAUAUUUGGAGAAUUUGGUAGCUUACAACACAAGUACUGCCAGAGCUGUAUGUACAGUUAAUAGCUCAGCCUAGUAACUGACUCACAUGGCAAUAUAAUAACGUG